AUGUACGUUUUAUCCAGUUUGCCUAUAGAAAUAUUGUACCUUAUUGGCGAUUUUUUGGAGAUAAAGGACUUGGUUGCUUUGGGAAGAUUAAACACUUGGUAUAGCUACUGGAUAUCCAUUAUCCUUGGAGAAAGAAUUUCCACAAGUGUACAAAGAGAAGGUUGGAGAAUUCACAUUGAUAUAUUGGCAAAAUCGUAUCCUUCUGAACAAACCCCGUCGUUUCCAUUUUCAACCGAACUGUUGCUAUUGAGCGAAUACUCAAGAAUCAAUCCCAUUACCUUGACAUUGGAAUUUAAAUUGUGUCCUAUCGAUGAAGAUGGAUUAGAUGCAGUGAAAUCGGCCACUCAAAGUGAACGUUCGAUUGUGAUAUUUAACAAGAUAAAAACCAAUAUUGACAUCGUAGCAUAUUUUGCGCAAAUAUCAACCAACAGAAGAUUGCAGCAUGUUAAUCAAGCUGGUGCUGCUAUCAUGAAUGAUAAGAACCUAUGGAACCAGCUACAAGAUAACAAUGACAUACAUGGAAAUAUGGCUAUCAUGGGUUCUGCAUUUAAACUAGGAUACGAAAUGACAACGCAAAAUAGCCAUAAGGAAGACAUGGUUAAACUUAUCGAAACAUUUCAAAAUGAUUUUGAUAAACACAAGAAUGCUUUGGAUGCUUCGUCUAUAAAAAAAGAGGAUUCAGCAGUGAUAUCAUUUGAUAAAAUCCAGGUUUCACCAGAAUGGUGGAUUAAGCAAAUGAAGGUUCCUACUUAUGGUAGUGACGAAAAACAAUAUCCAGAAUUUACUGAACACGGAUACUGGUAA